AUGAAGCUCUCCACGAUUGUUGCUUUCCUUCCUUUCUGUACGGCUCUCGCUAUUCCCAAAGGCGUCAAUGUUGCACUCGAUCACAACCUCGCCCUCGUGCCCCGGCAGGCCUCCGCGGCCUUCGAUGUGGCUUUUGAAUGGUUUGCUGAAGUGGAAGGGGAACUCGAAGGGGAGUCGAUAACGGAGUCGGCUGAGGUCGAACUCACGCCAUCAGGUGGACCAAUGGGCAGAAACUCCGCCGUUGCGGUGCAGGCGGGUGAUCCCACCAUGAAGAUCAACACCAAGCUCGAAGGGAACUUCGCCACCAGGAUUUUCGUCCACAAACUGAAUCAGCAAACCGGCUUUGAAGGGUGGGCGGAGGCCCUGUGGAACAGGCUCACCAGAAGAUUCGACGAACCGUUCCACAUGUCUCCGGGCCUACCCCCCAAGAUCCGCGGCGUGACUGCUACAAGCUCAAGUUUCAAGCUCAUCGCCCCUCGCGUAGCUCGGGUCGACUUCGUCGACCCGAGCGGAGCUAUAAGGCGAUUUUUCGCGAAGCGAUACGACUUCUCGCGAAGCGACUAUUCGUUCGAGAGGUCGUAA